CGUCCCGAGAACACGAACAAGCAAUUGCUUUACUUCAAUGGCAGCAAGCAGCUCCGCUUCAAAUCCAAUUCUAUGUGCUUCUUUCAAUCAAGAUAACAGUUGCUUUGUAAUUGGGACAAAAGAUGGUUUCAGAAUCUUCGAUUCGAAUUCAGGGAGACUCCUAUAUGAACGAGUUAUUGGAGCAUUUGUUAUCGUUGAAAUGCUUUUCAGCUCUAGUCUUCUUGCCAUUGUUGGAGCUGGUGAACAGGCUUCUUUGUCACCAAGGCGUUUAUGCUUGUUCAAUACUCAAACUGGAACUGCUCUUCGGGAACUAAAUUUCUUAACUUCAAUUUUAUCUGUUUGUGUAAAUAGAAAAAGGUUGAUAGUGGUUUUACAAGGAAAGACAUUCAUAUAUGACAUUAAUAGUCUUGUUAUCCUAGAUACAAUCGACACAGUGCCAAAUUCAAAAGGACUUUGUGCAUUUUCACCAUGUUUAGAUGGGUGUUUUUUAGCUCUUCCAGCAAGUUCCACAAAAGGGUCUGUUUUAGUCUACAAUGUCAUCGAUCUCCAUUCACACUGUGAGAUAGAUGCUCAUAAAUCACCAUUAGCUGCAAUAGUAUUUUCUUCAAAUGGAAUGUAUAUAGCAACAGCAUCUGAACAGGGGACAUUAAUUAGGGUUCAUUCUGUUUCAGAAGCAACCAAGUCGUAUAGUUUUAGAAGGGGAACAUAUCCAUCAACAAUAUUUUCAUUGUCAUUUGGGCCUUGUAUUGGGCUUCCUGAUAUUCUUGUAGCUUCAAGCUCUUCAGGGUCUAUUCAUGCUUUUUUUCUUGGAAUGGCUAUUGAUCAAAGAAGUAAAAGGUCAAGUAGCUUUUUGGGAUCAAUUAUACCUAAUUCUGUGGGUGAUGCACUUGAUGCCACUCAUCAUCAUAUUCUUCAUAAUGCUGUUCCACCGGGAGUAAAAAGUUAUGUAGUGGUCCGCAAGGUCGACAAAGUUGCUGACGUGUCACAAUCGAAAUCUACAACUUUCAGAGCCACAAUAUCUAUUAUUACAUACAACGGGUAUUUCCUUGAAUAUUUUCUUGACAUCAACCACUUGAAUGAGUCUUGUUGGACGUUGGAUCGGGAAUUUAAUCUUGUAACAGCAAUCUCUGACUCUGAAAGCAGUGCCACGUCAUCGUGAGCUUAAUUGGGUGGCUUGUAAACUAUGUAUAGCAAUAAUUAUCUUGGCUUAAAAUUUAUAAGUUUAAUUAAGCAAAACGUUAUUUCAAAGCUAAAAAAUAUCGAAUCAUGAUCACUCAUGUGGUAAUUAUCGUAUAUUGACAUUCAAUUCAGG